CCCUUCUUGUUGUGAGAGGCGCGUUGAAUUCUUGAAAAAUUGAGAAAAGAAAAAAACAUGACGGACAGCAACCAUUGCAAAUAUUUUGUAAAACGAAAAAAUCGCUUUUGCCACAUGACUGUGCGAGAAGGGAAUCAAUUUUGCGGCGAGCAUCUGCCAGACGAUGCUGGCUCCAGCGAUAUCCGUAAUAGAAGAGUAAAAUGUCCGUUGGAUCCGACGCACACGUGUUACGAAUCGAAGUUGAAGAAACAUCUGAAGGUAUGCAACACCAAACGAAAAUUGGACGCGCAGCCCGCAUUCGUAGUCAAAGGGGUAAAUCUGGACGAUGAGGCUAUAACGGCGCCAUCGUAUGUGCCGUUGUCGCAGCUUGACGAGGCUGUUGUCGACACGGUGAUAAAAAAGAUCCAGUCGGCCUUUGAAAAGCUUCCCGAAUUUUCUCAUGCGAUACUGCGGCACGACAUACUUAAGGACAAAUUGAACGACAAGACCUGCGGUAACAAUGUUAGAAAGCACUUGCUCCAAGAUGCAUCUCUUCUCGGGCAUUUGGAGCAAGCCGGUCUCGUGCGAGACAACACCUGUUUCAUUGAUUUCGGAGCGGGAAGAGGUCAGUUAAUGUACUGGUUGGGACAAAUAAAUAACAGUUUGAACUCCUGUAUCUUGUUGGUGGAUCGUUCCAGUCACCGGCACAAAAAGGACAACAAACUCAGGAGAGAAAAACAUAAUUUCACGAUAAAAAGGAUAUGUGCGGAUAUCGCUGAUCUGCAAUUGAAUAAAAUCACAGAAAUCCAGUCGUUCAAACACAAAGUCGGGAUAGCCAAACAUCUUUGUGGCGCUGCCACGGAUUUAGCAAUACGUUGUUUAGCGAGAUCGAUAAGCAGCGAACCGAAAGUCGACAUUCGGGGUUUAGUCCUAGCAUUUUGUUGUCAUCACAAAUGCGAUUAUUCGUCCUACGUAGGUAGGGACUACCUGCAACAAUGCGGUUUCACGACGGACGAGUUUCCUGUUUUGUGCAGCAUAAGCAGCUGGACAACAUGUGGUUUUCAUUUAAAGAACGACGCUGAGAUGCAAUCCGAUUCUACCGUUCGGCAGCACGACAAGAAUGUUAUUGACCAGUUUUCGAAAUUAGACGAGCGGGAAAUUAUCGGACGCAAAGCUAAAAUAUUGCUGAAUUGGGGUCGCUUGGUCUUCCUGCAAAGUGUUGGAUUUCAGGCCGAGCUAUUUCAUUACAUUUCCACCGAUGUUACGCUGGAAAACAUGUGCAUUGUGGCUACACGAAAACACAUUCCAUCUUAGAUCAUUUUUUUUUUUAGUUAUUAACGUCAAUUCCAAGUAUGAACAAGUUCCAAUAAAAUCGAAUACAAAAUGUUUAUAGUUUCAUAAGUGGAAAGCGCGUUUCUCAUUAAGUUAAUUGUGAUCUCUCUCGAUUUUGUUGGAAAUGACCAAUUUCAAGGAAAUAAUUGUAUUAGUCGUUAGUUGUGCAGAAUCAACCGAUCAUGUUAAUUUACAUUACAUUUGAUCGGCCGAUUAAUCGAUAGUCAAAAAACUGGAGAUAAUGAGAAUCGACCUAUAUUCUCUCAAUGCUCUCUUAUACACAAAAAUUAUA